AUGAAGGACCAUUAUAAAACUAAUGGAAUGAUUCACAGAUCAAAAAUUGAAUUACCAAUGAAGAUUUUAGGAGUCACGAGUAAUAAAACUGAAACUACAGAGAUAGUUAAAGAUCUUCAGUCUCUUCAAGAAAUCGUCAAAGCUAAAUAUCCCCUCCUUGUCAAUGAGACUUUAUCUGAAGAAUGUGAAAAAGUUAAAUACAAAGUUGAUAAAACUGAAGGAUGUUAUCACGUUACAUUCGAAAAAAUUAAAGUUUCUAAAGAAGGAAAAGAAUUAAAAGGUGUUUUCUAUAAAGGUUUUGUCGAAGUCAAAUAUGGAGCUUACACACGUAACAUCGAAGAGGAACAAAUCAGCUAUCGAAAAUCUCGCAGAAAAGUUGAUAAUGUUCCACGACCACUUACAAAACCCGAAGUCGACAUUAUCUUUGAUAUUGUUAGAGAAAAGAUUUCUCAUUAA